AUGCGCCCGGGACUCUACCUCCGCACUGCAGGGUCCGCCCUGCGUGUCCUCCUAUGCCUUGUCUUUCUGCUCCACUUGCAUCACGCCGCGAGGUCGGUCGGUGAUUUCCGUCGCUGCGUCGGCGCCAUCUGCCUGGGCGACAACACGGAACAGGAUGUGGUCGUUGCCGAACGGGUACUAGACGACCUGAACCUGGGCAGCAACGAGCCAGUCACAUACGCCCUGCUG